AUGGUGGGACGACUGGAAAACGAUGACGAAGAUGACCCAUUGCAAAACGGAGAGAAUGGUCACGUGGACAAGCGUCAACUCUUCAACGAUCCCCGAAAUGGUACUCAUGUUUCAUCCCGGACUCGUGGCCCCCUCCUGCGGACGAUGGCCCUGAACCCAUUAUCCUUUGCGCAGCGGCUCGAUCUCGAAGAAAUGGCUCCGAACGUAUCUCCUGCAACUGCUGCGUCGGGCCCAGGUCCGUCGCACGUCCUUCCCGGCCUGCAGUCACGUCUACGACCCCUAGAUCAGGAUACUUUCGUCGACUUCGAAUCAAUGUCGCCUUUAGAGUGGAUGGCCAUGGCCAUCCACGGCCGCUCCCAUGCUCUAGAUGGAAAUACGAAUGGCUCGCUAGUGCCGUUCGGUCACAACUAUGAUGAAGACGGCGAUUCACCAUAG